AAAAUGGUUCAGCCUCAUCAACAAUAUCAUCAAGUCCAAUUCCUCAACACUGCUUAACUUACAAGAGCUUCUCUCCAACAAUGGAUGGUAAGAAAACACAAGGAAAGGGGUAUCUGAAAAAGAAGGCUAGUGUGUCUUACCUUGUGGAAGAAGAAAUGGAGAAUGAUACGGAUGGAGAAGAGGAAGAGAAGAGGAAAGGUGUGACAGAUAGGUUUAAAGGAUCUACUGGCAGCAACGAUCGUGGCUCAUCACGGCUUUGCCAAGUAGAUAGAUGCACAUCUGAUCUGAAAGAGGCUAAACAAUAUCACCGGAGGCACAAAGUGUGUGAAGUUCAUGCAAAGGCAUCUUCUGUCUAUCUCACAGGCGUUAAACAACGGUUCUGUCAACAAUGCAGUAGGUUCCAUGAACUCCUAGAGUUUGAUGAAGCUAAAAGAAGUUGCCGGAAGCGCUUAGCUGGACACAACGAGAGGCGAAGGAAGAGCUCCAGUGAAAGUGUUGGAGAAGGGUCAGGUGGUCGAAGAGGAAUAACAGCUCAGAUGAUCCAGAAUCAAGAAAGAUCAAGGAUUCGAGUAAGGAGUGUGGCUUAUCCAAAAGCACAGGAGACUAACCGAAAGCUACCACCACGGUCACUGAAGUUUCAGAGCCACGAAUGAGAUAUACAUCUUAGGUUUUUCUUGGCUUGACAUAAAGAAACUACAAGUAGACUACAAGAUUUGAGUAAACGAACGACCAUUGCUUCAAUUAACUCGUUGAGAGUGCAUUAUGAUACAAGCAAACCUUCUAGAUCUUAAUUGUCGUUGGACCAAAACGAUGUUGGGCUUAUCUUUUUCAUUAGUUUCGGUUAUUACACAACUCAUUUGAGUAUUGGACAGGUGUAAACUACACAACUUUAAUUUUUCUCACAAUUACCGAAUCAUUAAUAAAUCUGGGGUUCAUUAAACGUUAAGCAAACUCGAAGAGUCUUGAGCAUGGAGUUUGUUAAUCAUAUAGCAGGUGGUCCUUCGCUAGUCCCCUAUAUACAGAAUGGGCCAGCAAUGUUUGCUAAAGAAAAACCCGAAUGAUAGACAG